AUGGCGGGGCUACAGGACUUCCACCCGGGCGGCCACUGGCACCGGAAGACCUGGAUCAAUGUACUACUGGGAAUACUGCAAUUACUUUUACAAGAAGCGCAGCUGCAAGGCGAGUACUGGAUCGAUCCCAACCAGGGUUGCCAUCGAGACUCCUUCAAAGUGUUUUGUAACUUCACCGCACAGGGCGAGACGUGUCUGCACCCGGACAAGAAGUUCCAGUCGGUGAAGUUGGCUGCCUGGAAAGGGGAGAAGCCCGGCACAUGGUACAGUCAAUUCAGGAAAGGAAAACAGUUUUCCUACUCUGGGACGGACGGCGUUCCCAUCCACAUCGUUCAGCUGAACUUCCUGAAGCUGCUGAGCGCCAUAGCCUCACAGAGCUUCACCUACCACUGCCUCAACUCUGCCGCCUGGCUGCACACCGCCACCUACGGCCACGAACACGCACUGCGCUUCAGAGGCAGCGACGGGGAGGAGAUGACACAUGAGAACACACAUUACAUCAGUGCACUAUAUGACGGAUGUCAGACACGCUCAGGGCAGGAGAGGACUGUGCUGGAGUUCCAGGCUCCUCUCUCCACCACGCUCCCCCUCAUGGACGUAACCGUGUCCGACUUCGGAAACGGGAACCAGAAAUCCGGUUUCCAAGUUGGCCCGGUCUGCUUCAACGGUUAA